AUGGGUGGCAGAAGAUGGACCGCUGCCGAAGAGACCGCCUUUCGUACUGCCACUGAGCAAAUCUCCAAGCAUCCUUUUGAGAGCCUGGAUAAGUUUAGAAGUGAUGUAAGAUCCCACAUGGAAGCCUCGGGUUUAAAUGAAAUGAGCUAUAACCGAGUCAGAGGAAAAUUCGAUAAAAUGGGCAAAGCAGUCGGCAAAACCGGGGGCCAGUACAUCCAAAGCCUGAUCGACGGAGCAACUGUAGUAAAUGAUGAUAGAGAAACUGUCGAUCGUGAGAAUCGCAGGCCUUCUUUCAGCGUUAUGACUGAGUCAUCGACCCUCGAUCCUCUGAACGGUGCAUCUGAGCAUUCUCCGACACUGCAGAGGAGGGAGAAUGCGCUCAAUAGCACUUCUCCAGGCGCAAUCGACAUGGAGCUUAAGGAAGCCUAUAGGUAUAAAGUUCAUGAGCAACCACCACUUCAUGAAACCGUGAAGUGGCGCAUGAGAGACAUUCUACGAGACCUGAAUGGCGGAAUUGACGCCUUCAUGGUCAUUCGGUCAGUGUCAACCGUGGGAAGUGACGGCUUGAACACAGAGGCGAUUGCAUUAAGUGAACUCAUGUUCUGGAAUAUACCGCUCAAUGAAUUGGCCACCAAUCUGGACAACUUGUUCGGCGGGCUCGGUAUGACUGCAAAGACAACUAGUUAUGAGGAUGACUUUGACAAUCUACCAUUCCCACGGCCGUCUCAUGAUCUCAGAGCUACAUUUCUAUUCGGAUUCUUGCAGCCGGACACCUGCAAAAUGGUGGAAAGAGGGGAGAAAGUCCACUGGCUGCAGAACGUGGUGCGUCCGGCCCUCCUGGGGCAUGCAGACGACUGUCGAAAGAAUCUGUUCGGCGUUUUCGUGAGCCUGGCAUCCCCUCCUGGACUGCAAGAGCAAGGCAUAUCUCAAGCAGGAGCCAACCACCUGCGCACAUUUGAGAAUCGCAAGGGCCAUGCCACGAUCUGGGAACAAAGAGUGACCUCUGCUUUCCACGCUGCUCUCGAACUGAGACUGGAGCUUGAGUUAAGUAGAGACGAGUACGAGUACCGGUUUCCAUCGCUAGGAGAGCCCUUCGAGGAGGAAUGGAUGUCAGCUGCUCACUCGAUGGUAGGGCUUAUUCUACUAGGGAGCAAGGUCUAUGCCUGUCUGCAACCGGCUAUCAUCAGUGUGAAUCGUGGCAAUCCGGACGACGACCCGGUCACUGUUGCCAAGGCCAUUGUCAUGAUUGAAGGCUAUGGUCCGGAGGUUUGA